AUGUUAUCAGGCGCGCGGCGCUGGUUGAGGCGCAACCGGAAUACUAUCGCAGUCGGUGCUGCCGUGGUAGGAGGAACAUAUUUUGUUGGUCAAUAUGUCUUGACGAAAAUCAACGAGUCGCGCCAGCGGUCACAGCUCGAUAGAGUUGCGAAGGAGAACAUCCGGCGACGAUUUGAGCAGAACCAGACUGACUGCACGAUCACCGUCCUUGCACUCCUUCCUACUCUUACCGAAAACAUCCUCGAAAAACUCCCCGUCGAACAGCUCACCACCGAACUCCAACAGAAGCGCGCAGAGCGUUUAGCGCGUACUGCUGGGGAAGGCCAGUCAGAGUCUUCCAGUUUUAGAGAUGGCGAUACAGCGAGCACGUCCAGUUUCCAAACCGGUAGUUUUAUCCAUACCAGUCAGAUGGGCGAGAGCAUUAAUCCCAAUGCUCCUCGUAAGACCAAAGCUCAACUAUGGAAUGACAUCAAAAUCAGUUCGACCACAAGAGCCUUCACCUUCAUCUACUCGCUCUCGCUCCUCAUGCUCUUUACAAGAAUACAGCUGAACCUAUUGGGUCGGCUCAACUACAUCGCUUCAGUGAAGGCUUUGGCGCAGCCUCCUCCCCCAGGUACCUCGAACUCGAUACUGCUUGAGGAUCAUGAUGAUGCAACAUCCAGCAGCUUCGGCAACAACUACGAGGUUAAUAGGCGAUACCUUACCUUUUCCUACCACCUCUUGCACAAGGGGUAUGCGCAGAUCCUGGACAAAGUGAGGACGGCGGUAGAAGAGGCCCUCGGCCAAGUGUCUCCGACAGAGGGUUUGUCUGCAGAUCGGCUACGUAAGAUAGUGCUGAACGUGAGAAAGCACGUCGAAGGUGCUACGGAGCAGGAAAGAUACGCCACACGCUGGCUACCAUAUCUGCUCCCACCUCAAGAAGAGGAGGAAAAUCUUCUCGUCGAGGCCAACGUCAUCACCCCUCCUCAGACGUCGUCGUCGUCGUCGCCAGGCGCCGGGUUGACCAUGGAUCCUUCGCCAGAGCGAACGUCCUACCUUGACACCUCCACGGGCUCUCUUCGGCAGCUCUUGGACGAGACGGCCGAUCUCAUCGAUUCUCCCUCCUUCACCAGAAUACACACACUUUUGCUGAACACUAUGUUCAGCCACCUCAUCGACCAGAAGGUCAUCGCCAGUUCCUAUCCUCAGCCAAACAUUCAAUCUCCGCCGGCAUCCGAGGCCAGCGCUCCUCAUCCAAGAAUACAAGAACUUGACUCAGCUGUGACUGUGGUGCCGGCCGAACCACGCGUCAAGCUGGCCAACAUUCUUGCGAUACUUACGCGCCAAGCCCAUGCCAUCGGUAACGGCAACAACCCGCCAAACGAGUAUGUCGCCAAAUGCGACGCAGAGGUCAGAGAACUUGACUCAUUCGCUGCCGUCAUCUAUACCAGCAACCUCGAGUCGCAGAUCGAAAGUACCAAGACACAGCCUGGGUCUGAGAUUAAGAGUUCUGAUGGCAUGGGCGUCAGCGACGCUGGCAUAGAGCACGCCGACGAAAUGAUUGAGAGUCACUUGGAGAGCGCAUGGGCGAAAGUCACGAGCUCAACAACGUUCUCGUCAAGAUGA